CCGAAAUGCCUGAGCUUAUAAAAACAUGUGUUUUAACAGUUUAAACAUAACCUACAUGGAUUUCAUAAUUAAAUAAAUGCUUAAAAAUAGCAUAGAUUCUAAUUUUUUUGGCAUACUAUGAAACUUUUAACAACAACUUCAAUAAGCUUAAUUAUCAAAAUUUUGAUAACAGUAUUUGUGAAUAUAUAAACUUAAAUAUGAACAAUAACCCUGCAACUUCAUACAAAAGAUCAUACAGUGAAUCACAGAGUUGUACACAACCAAAUAGUUUUAAAAGCUAAUAAUUAUAAUAAAUUUUAAGGAGUAAAUUUACUGUAUUUUUGGCUGAAAGAAAAGCCUCAAACCAACUAGAGUGUAUAAUAAAUUAUAUAAAAAAGAAAGAGACACAUUCAUCAAGAAAUAAAUCAAACACGGAACAAUUAACGCAAGACAUAAUUGAAUAUUAUGAAAACUUUAAACAAGAAGAUACUUCAUUUAUAUUGAAACAGGAAAUCAGAAAUAAAAUGGAACGUAUAAUUAUAGAUAUUUUUCCAACUGCCUCAUUAUUCAUUAUUGGGUCUUCAAAUUCUGGGUUCAGUGUGGAAAACUCUGAUUUAGAUAUGUGUCUCUAUAUCCCAGACAUGAAGGAAGAAGAUCAUAGGACCAUAUGCUCAAAUUUGUAUCAAAUACAGAGUUUAUUUAGAAAUCCAAACACAUUAAGAAGUACCCUUGUUAUUCCUGCCAGGGUUCCCAUACUCAAACUUGUUGAUGUUAAAAAUGAUAUAGAAGUUGACUUGAACAUAAACAACAUUGUUGGCGUUUACAACACGUAUCUUAUGAAAGCUUACUCAUAUGUUGAUUGUCGAGUCGCUCCAUUAAUUAUUAUUGUUAAACAUUGGGCAAAGUUUCACAAUAUAAAUGACGCCAGUAAACAAAGCUUGAAUAGUUACUCCUUGGCUCUCAUGGUUUUACACUACUUACAAGUGUGUCAUCCACCUGUUAUUCCAGCUUUGCAACAACGAAAUAAAGAAUUGUUUGAUAUCGACAACUAUUCACUGCAACAUUUUAGCGACUAUAAGAGCUUGAAGGAUAAACUGAUAUGGAAAUCCGAGAAUGAGCAAUCUUUAGGCCAAUUGCUUCGCUCGUUCUUUCAUUAUUACGCUUAUGAAUUUAAGUUUGAUACAGAUGCGAUAUCCGUGAGGCUAGGAGCUAAGAUACAUCGCUCUCAGGUCAAUAGAAACAUACCAAAUAUCAAAUACAGGCAUAAUCAAUCCUGGAAAUACAUAUGCGUGGAAGAGCCAUUCGACAAAACUAACACAGCCUACAGCACUUAUAAUAUUAACACCUUCAACCUCAUUAAAUUAGCUAUCAUAUACACUUUCAAACAAUUAGAUUUGGAGUUGAAAAUCGGGUCUAUUUUCCACAAACUACCAGUGUAACUAUUGACCACUGAUGAUUUAUCUUAUCUUAUCCUGUAUAUAUUUAUAUUUUAAAAAAUUGUGUCAUAUCAAGGAUUAACACCUAAUUAUAUUUUAGUAA